AUGACAUCUAUCACAGCUGCUCGCCCAUCAUUGACAUCCAAUGAUUCGGCUGUACUGCAAGCUCUCUUUGAUGCCGAAUCAUCUCCAUCAUCGGGAGUUACCGUUAAUUUAUCGCUACCCUCAUGGCCAUCAUCUCUGAACAUCACCGAAACAGACUUGACAUCGCUCAAGCAGCGCGAAACAGACAUCAUUCGCAAGCUGCAAUCACACAAAUCAACGAGUAUAGAGACAGUCCAGUCAGCACUAGACGCCUUCGACACUCUCCUCGCCCAACAUCCAAAAUACCCCCCCGCAUACACAAAUCGAGCACAAACACUUCGCUUGCUGGUCGAUCUGAUCUACAGCGCAGAAGCGGGGAGUGAUCAAAGCACCGACCCCGAGAUAGCCGAUGCUGCCCUCUUCGCUCCUAAAACCUCCCAGCUCUGCUCCCGCAUCUUCUCUGACCUGGGCCAAGCCAUAACCCUGGCUACACCUGCCUCCCCUGCUGAUGCGGUCUCAACAACCCAAGGACGGUUGUUGGCUGAUGCACACACGCAUCGGGGUUACUUGCUACUGAAAGCGGCGCGCGUUAAGAAGGCUGGUUCUGGUGAUGAGGCGACGGGUCCGGAGCGUCUGCGUGGACUUUCGGCUGAUCAGCUUGAGGAAAUGGCUAGUCGGGACUUCUUCUUUGGGGGUCGAUAUGGAAAUAAGGUUGCACAACAGCUUUCUGUACAAACGAAUCCUUAUGCUAAGAUGUGCGGGGCUAUAGUUAAGGAGGCGAUGAGGAAGGAGCUUGAGGGGUGA